AGGAAAAUUGAAUUGAGCAAAGGUGUUUGUGGAUGGCAGUGAUUGAGUGAAAAAGGAGAAAAAUCGUGAAUUUCGUUAACAUUUUCUUGCAUUUUUGCACCUGCUCAAGUUUGAGAAACUAGUCGCAAGUGAAUUUACGAAUCAAUUUUGUAAGGAGUUCAACAGAAAGGUUUGAAAUAUAGUAACGAUUGGCACUUUUACUGUGAUUUGUAGCAGACAGAAACAAUGGCAGUAGCUCCUGUAAUCAUUCAAUCCGCCGCCAAGCACACUUCUACGCUCAUCUUUCUGCAUGGACUAGGUGACACCGGUCAUGGAUGGGCUACAACCAUGGGCAUUAUCCGUACGCCGGACAUGAAGGUCAUUUGUCCGACAGCACCAACGAUUCCAGUCACUCUGAAUGCUGGAUUCCGUAUGCCAUCUUGGUUCGAUUUGCAAACAUUGGACAUUGGAGGUCCGGAAGAUGAAGAUGGCAUCAAAAAAGCAACGAAGAAUGUUCACGAGAUGAUUCGAAGCGAAAUGCAGGCAGGAAUAGCGGCCAAUCGCAUCGUCCUGGGAGGAUUCUCGCAGGGUGGUGCUCUUGCGCUGUACGCUGCAUUAACCUUUGCGGAGCCCUUAGCUGGAGUAAUGGCGCUAUCUUGCUGGUUACCAAUGCACAAGAAUUUCCCAGGACUUCUGAAAUGUCCAAAUUCUGUGCCCAUUCUCCAAUGUCACGGUGACUGUGAUCCAGUGGUGCCAUACAAGUUUGGUCAAUUAUCAUCGAGUGUGCUGAAGACAUUCAUGAAAAACUCACAGUUCCAAUCGUACAGGGGUUUGUCACAUUCGUCAUCUAAAGCCGAAUUAGAAGAUAUGAAGACAUUCAUCGAGAAGCACGUUCCUCGUCAAUAAAUGGCCAGUUCAGUUCGCUCACAUUCGAUAGACGUGUGUAAAUUUUAACUGUAAUUUAAAAAGCAACAUAUUUUUCUAAUUUAUUUCAAAAUGAUAGCUGAACAAAACUAGGCAACAAAAUAUUGCAACUUUAAAACAACUUAACUAGCUUAGUCAAAAUGAGUCAAUCAGAGCGAUAAUUUUUCACAAAAUAAUAAUCACUUAUUAGAGUCGGCAAAAUUAAAAAUGUCACUAACACAUGUUAAAACAACUACUUUUGCAAAACCAAAACGAAGCACGUGAUAAAAUCGUUGCGAUUUUAUAAAAAAAAAACCCCCUCUACUAUGACAAUGGCAACUACAUAUAAGCAAAACAAUAAGUAUUCCAAAACAUUUAAGAAAUUACCAAUUGAGAUUGAAAUUAUAAAAGCAAAUGGCUAAUAAUUAUUAGUAGUGAUCCAACUUCAGCACUAAGUUUAAUCAAGUAUUAGUGUCAAAGAUUCAAAGCUCAUCAAACAGUUAAUUUCGAAGCAAUCCAUUUUUCACUUCACUACCUCUACUCUAUCUAGUAAAUAUUUUAUUGAAUUGUUACUAAAAUCAGUGCACUCCCAAUUAUUAUGUAGUCCCAAACUCUUAUGUACAGAAUCAGCAAGAACGUGAAUAAAAGGGAAAGCAACACAAAUCUGUUCUAACAUUUUCAAUUGAUUUAGGUCGAUUGUAAGACAUUCAUUUUUGAUUCGAUUACGAAAAAUUUAGUCUGUCGGCUGCUAAUAGCAAAAAAAAAACAAAACUAUCUGUAGAGAACCGUUUGGAAGUUGUGUAAAUUGAGGCCGUACUGGAAUGAUACUUGUGAAGGUAGAGUGAACAAAAUCAGCAGAUUGAAAUAUAUUUUAGUUUAACUAAAACAA